AUGUCCCAUUCGGUGAAAAUGCCUAUCGCCAUCAUCACCUCGCCCGCUGGCGCCACAGCGGCUCUGCCCCAGAUGCAAACGAUCUUGUCGCCAACUUCAUCCAAAUCAAAUCAAACAUUCCAAUAUCGCGUUGAGGAGCGCAGAAGGACCGUGUUCAUCAAGAGCGAUACGCCACCCAGUCAGUGGGACGCCGGAACCGUUCAAGAGAUCAUCAAACUAGCCGAUAUUCAGGAAGGGGAGGCGGUACACGUCCAAGAACAGCAGCAGGGCCGGCUUUCACCCCCAAAUCCAUCACGACGCACCCAGAGCAUGACAGAUAAGGAGUAUUUGAUAUACGAAGAGGAAGCAAGCCCACAGCAAACUCGGAGUGAAGGUGAAAAGGACGUUCGGAAGUCGACGUAUCUUAGACGCCCGGGGCCGAAGAGUGAGUCGGCGUUGCGCGGUUCAGUCUUCAUGCGGUCGGAUAGCCCAUCCAGCAACUCGUCCAAGAGAAGAUCGCGUCCUCGCAUCCUCUUCUAUCACAAGCAAGACCCUCAUUACGGGUUCACGAAUUUCUCUGCCCAUCCGGUGAUGUACGAGGGAAAGAAGUACCCCACGAGCGAGCACCUCUUCCAGUCUUUCAAAUUCCAAGGCCAUAGACCUGGACUUGCUGAGCAUAUCCGGACGUGCUCCGAGCGACCGAGCGUUGCAUUCUCUGAAGCCCGUAGAUUUCAACCAGAAGCUAGACGCGACUGGCUGAAGGUCAACAUCGAGAUGAUGGACAGGGCUAUCUUCCACAAAUUCAUGCAACAUGAGGAUCUGAAGCAGGAACUUCUUUCAACAGGCGAUGCUGAGCUUGUCGAGGACUCCGAUAAAGAUGCUUUCUGGGGAGUGGGCGCAGAUGGUCGAGGCCGCAAUGAGCUCGGUAAGGCGUUGGAGAGGCUACGAGACAAACUCCGCUCGAUGAAGGCGUGUUGA